CCCCAAUUCCAAUCCUAAAACCAUCCGCCAUUAACCCUCCUUUUCCCUCCCCUAUCUCUUUUUCUCUGUCUGCCUCCUGCGGAUGUGUUGUCCCUCUCGUGCUGUUUGAUCAUUCGGCAUCUGGAGAUGGCAGAGAAUAAGUUUGUAGUCGCGGGGAGUAAUGGCGGCCAAGGCAAGCCACCGAAGAGAAAUAAGUAUGCCAUUGCUUGCACCAUCCUUGCCUCCAUGACGUCGAUCUUGAUCGGCUACGAUGGAGGUGUGAUGAGUGGCGCGGGAUUAUACAUCCAGAAGGACUUGAAGAUAAGCGAUGUACAGAUCGAGGUACUCAAUGGAAUCAUCAACCUCGUCUCGCUCAUUGGCGCCCCCAUGGCCGGUAGGACUUCCGACUAUGUGGGCAGACGGUAUACCAUUGUGAUCGCCGGGGCGAUCUUCUUCGCUGGUGCCAUACUCAUGGGCCUUGCCAAUGGCUACGCCUUACUCAUGGUUGGCCGGAUAGUGGCGGGGAUUGGGACCGGUUAUGCCCUCAUGAUUGCCCCCGUCUACUCCUCCGAAGUCGCGCCCGCUUCCUCCCGUGGCUUCCUCGCCUCCUUCCCAGAGGUAUUUAUCAACGCUGGUGUGCUCCUCGGGUAUAUAUCGAACUAUGGCUUCUCGAAGCUCCGAUUGGACCUGGGCUGGCGAAUCAUGCUCGGGAUUGGGGCCCUCCCUUCAGUAAUCCUUGCCGUUGGCGUCAUGGCCAUGCCUGAAUCUCCCCGUUGGCUAGUCAUGCAGGGCCGCUUGGGUGAGGCCAGGAAGGUACUUUACAGGACUUCAGACUCGAACCAGGAGGCCGAGGAAAGGCUCGCCGACAUCAAGGAAGCCGCCGGGAUCCCCCCUGAGAGCAAUGACGACGUCGUGCAGGUAGUGAAGAAGGAGAGCAGUGGGUCUGGCGUGUGGAAGGAGUUGCUCCUCCACCCAACGCCAGCUGUUCGCCACGUUUUGAUCGCGGCUGUGGGUAUCCAGUUCUUCCAGCAGGCGUCAGGGGUCGACACGGUCGUCGUGUACAGUCCACGUAUCUUCGAGAAGGCCGGGCUCAAGACAUCCGACCAAUUGCUGCUUGCCACAGUGGCGGUCGGAUUCUCCAAGACUAUCUGCAUCUUGAUCUCGACCUUCUAUCUCGACAAACUCGGGCGGCGGGCGAUUCUCCUCACCAGUGUAGGCGGCAUGGUCAUUUCAUUGGUGACCCUGGCGUGUGCGCUGGAGGUGGUCAAUCGGGCCGGCGGGGAGCAGGUGAUGUGGGCCCUCGUCUUGUGCAUUGCCAUGGUGCUUGCCUUUGUGGGGACGUUCUCGAUGGGGCUGGGUCCCAUCGCCUGGGUCUACAGCUCAGAGAUAUUCCCGCUAAGGCUCCGAGCUCAGGGUGCAUCCAUCGGGGUCGGGAUGAACCGGUUGAUGAGCGGUAUCAUCUCGAUGACAUUCAUCUCUCUUUACAAGGCCAUCACCAUCAGCGGGGCCUUCUUCCUCUUCGCGGCGGUCGCAGCCAUCUCUUGGGUGUUCUUCUACGUGAUGCUGCCCGAGACACGUGGCCGGACCCUCGAGGACAUGGAAGUCCUGUUCGGGAACUACCACCGCUGGAAGUCCGUGGCCAAGAAGCUGGAAGCCGAGAAAGCCAAGAACAGUACGGAGAAGCGGCCGGAGACUGCCUAGUUUUGCUCAUUGUUAGCUACAGAAAAACUUUAUUUAUCUGUGAAUUAGGCUUUUAUGAGGGACGGGCUUAGGGCAACCAUAGCUCCGAUCGGUAUCUUAAUCUAUUACAUGCAUGCAACUGCUUCCGAUCCAUCAAGUAAGAUGACAUCGUUUCUACUUACUUGCCUUUGGAUUUAUACGGUACCUACUUUUAAGGUACCGUGGUUAUGAGGUCGCAGUAUAUAUAGCCGUAAUUAUACGGUAUGUACUUAUUUGUGGGACAUCUUAUAAUCAAAAAAAUUCUAUGAUACAUUUACUUA